AUCGAAUUCAAAAAUGCUGGAAUGGAAUGGCUUGUUAUAGAAGAAUUAAAAGAACUCUUGCGUUUUUGGAAAACUGACUUAGAAUUUACUAAGGAAUUAAAAGCUAAGGACCUUGAUGGAUGUUACGCAACGCGUACUGUCAACAUUAUUAACAAAGUUGACAGACUCGCAGAGUUAUUGGACGCGCUACAUGAGCAAUUUCUUGAGUGUAAUACAUCUGAAGAAUGCUUUACUAGAUUUCCUGAAGUUCAAAAUAUACUUGAAGAUUUAGUAUGCAUUAGGAUUUUGACGUUACAUGAUACUUUAUGUCAAAAAAUUAUAGAAUGCCUUUUAGAAUAUACUAAAUUGUUCGAUAAAAUGGAUAAUGUGUUUACACAUUUUAUAGGUCUGCCAAAGUAUUGGUGUUUGAAAGUAUUGCGAACCAUUUCCAUCGGUCAUUCGCAAGGUGAUAACGCCACAGAAAAAUUAGCGUAUUUAUGUGGUGCAGGAUCUUCUGAUUUAGAUAAUUCGUACAUCGAAGAAGCCGUUUCAAUCAUCACAAAUUUUUUAGAUAACAUUGAAAAUUGUUUGUUUCAACUCCCGUCGACAUGCAUAGAAAAUGUUUCCGAGCAGCUAAUUCCAUUAUUGCAAGUUCCUGACAUGUUUGGAUUAAUCGAACGCAUAAUUUUGUUCGCGACUAAAGACAAGUUGUAUCAUACAAUAAAUACUGAAUACGAGACUAUAUUAUCGGAGCGUUUUGUGGAGUAUUUAGUAUCUUUUCAUCAUGAUAUAUACAUGAAACUUUGUAAUCAAGCCAAGCUUGGGUUAUGGACCAAUUGUCAUGCCGCAGUGGAACAUGAGACUUUGGCGUCUUUUCAACAGCUACUUUUUCCAGUAAAUAAGGAUUAUAUGACUCCUCGUAGUAUCACGGAAUUUCUCCAAAAUAAACCGUUUUUCUAUCAAGUUAUAAACUAUCCGAAGAUAUUUGGCUUGUGUUUUGAUGUGUUUAUUAAAUGUUUGGAAGUCUCUCCCGAUUGGCGUGUAUUACGUCUAAUAAAAUACACCAUAACUCAUGUUAUUGAAAGCAAGGAUCGCAACGGAUUUAUUCCAUUAGAUAUUACUUCUUAUUUUCCCAAAUUAUUAGAAAGACUUGUUACGGUCCUUGCAAAUGAUACUCCUGGAACUCAUGCAUUUUAUAAAAUGAAUUCUCUUCGACGUAAUUUGCUUUUGGAACAAAGUCCUUCAGCCAUACAUAAUUACAGAAAAUGCGUCUGGAUAAUUUUAAUGUCAUUCACAAAAUGGCAUUAUUGGAUCAUUGAAGCAUUUUUCGACAUACAAAGGUUUCCACAGAUUCAUGAUUUACAAGAACCCAUCAAUUAUCUGGCCUGGUUAAUUUAUCCACGCGAAGACAACAAUAUUAUGAUUUUUAGUAAUGCCAUCGGUGAUUUGAUUACAUCUAUAAGAGAAUGUUUGAAAUUAAAUCAAAACGGAAAAGAAAAAGUACUCAAAUGUCUUGAGCGUUAUCGACAUAUAUUAAAAAGUAAUCUUGUGCUAGUAGAUAUAACGUUAGGCUUAUGGUCUAAAACCAAAUCAUUAGAAUUCAUGGAAGAAAUUUUGAAUGCUUGUAUAAUGUCUAAUGAUCAUUCCUCAUCAAGGCAAAUGCAAACGAUGCAAACAAAUGAAGACAUAAACCUGUCAGCUUUAACUAAAAUCCUGGAUUAUUUUUACGAAAAUCAAUAUGAAAAGAAUGAAGAAAUUAUGAAAUAUUUAAAUAGAUUAAAAGAAAGGUGUAUCAUGUAA